CACCCUGGCGAAAGACCCACACCCAUUUCAACACUGCUCUCUUCGGUUGAGGUUGGUGGCAAAGAUUGCGAAGCCAAGACUUGGCCUAGUUCUUCAGCUCCUUACCCCUAAGUUUUAAGGUGUUCGUGACAGGCUUAGCUUCCAAACAUGGCAUGGUGUCCCUUCACGUUCGUACUGCACUCGAACUACCGACUAUUUAGCACCGGGCCGGCUCUCGGCACGGCUGCCUGAAAGUCAAUGAUCCAUCGAGAACCAAAAGAGGACCGCAAUGGGAUAUCAAGCUCCGGUUACAUGGGGAAAAUCGACACAAAGGCCAAGCACAGGCGUCCUGUAUCGGAGUCUGCGGUACCGAGCCGCGGUCAACGCAAGCGAGCUCUGAAGAAAGCAUCGCUGAUCAAGAAGAUUGGUUUGACUUCAAAGCAUGUCAGGCAAAGGAGGACCGAUGAGGACGAAAAACAGGUACCGUCUGUAGCCACGGAUGAAAAAGGGAUCCCCUCGCGACCAAGUCUGGCUGCGAAAGGAUCGGCGUUUCAACGAGUCAGCAGCAACAAGGGCAAACGAUCUCUCAUGACGUCAGAAAUGGGUCAAAUCAAUGCCGUAUUGUCAGCCCCGUCGUUCCAGCAAGAUCCUUUCGCGGCGAUUCAGGCCCAUCUACGGCAAACGGCGCUCCCCACCCCUCCAAUGGCCGACUGCAAGGCUCGAAAGCCUGGAAAGGGCAAGGUUUCUGCUAAGAGUGUCGGGCAGCAUGCCGGAGAAACGCGAGGAGACAGAAAACCAAAGGCCAAACCUUACAAGGCACGAAAUGCGAAAAUGAGGUCUAGAUGAGCGGGGGACACAUGUGCACGAACGUCGAGACGAAGCGAAAAUGUGUGUUUGGGAUUUCUCGACGGUCCUUCCUGGCGAACAAUGUUGAGACUGGUAAAAUCUACAUGUUGGUUGUAACGAGGUUUUAGGAAAAUUUUCCCACCUGGCGAUAUUGGGCGCUGCGCCAUCUUCGCGAUCUUCUCGUCCUGGUACAUACCAAACCUUCAGAGAAGCGGACGCCGCCAGAAUUCUUGGAGAUGGCCACCAAGGAGAUUGCAUGGCGCGGUAUGAGUCUGUAUGUGUGCGUCUCAUCUCCUCUGACACCAGUUUACACACCGUUCGUGCACAGUAGAACGAAAUAUAUGCGUCAUCGUUUUUGUUCUGUUUUAAUGCCCCACAUUUCCCUCUGCGAUGUGUGCUUAGUUUUUAUUACGACGAGGGUCCAGCCGUCCUUUGCCCUGAUCGACUGUCAAGUUGGUGAUGCUCACGAAUCGAUCAUUUUCCGACGGUUAAUUCCAAUAAUACCCCGGGGGUAGCCCCGGCCUCAUCUGAAGCCCUUUCGGUUCCCCAGGGAGGGUAUGGUUGUGUGGGGUCGAGGAUGAUGUAGUUGAGGGCGGUGAUGAAGAUGAUGGAUAUAAGUCCAUCCAUGGAUGUGAAAAGAAAGAAGCGAAGAAGGAAGGAAAGAACCACCGUUUCUCCCC